AUGAAUGGACGAAUGAUUGUUUUAAGUGCUGCUCUCCUGUAUUUCAUUCACGGUUUUGGAACAUCUACGGUUUGUGUCCCGAAAGCAAGACCAAUAAACUCCUCGGUGACGCAGUGCUCGAAUACUCAGUAUUGGGAUGAAAUGAACUACCAAUGUCAGCCAUGUAGCAGAUGCUGUGAUUUCAAUGCAGUUGCCCAAGAUUGCCAGGAUGCUUGCAUGGCGCCAUCUAUGUCGUGUUACGAGGAAGAUCGCUGUAAAGUAUACUGUAAUCAACCACAACAACCCGAUUACGGCAAUUUUAUGCCAAUAUCAGUAAAAUAUGACGAAGGAAAUAAUGUAACGUUCCACUGUUUCGAAGGCUAUUUAUUGUCUGGGAAAAUCUCGAUAGAAUGUGUGUUUACUGGAGAUGGGGGCAGCUGGUCUUCAGAACCCCCAACAUGUAUGAAAGCUCAUCAUGGUAGUAAUACCUCAACGGACUGUGUCAAGAAACCAAAACCACCUGGUUUUCAGUGUACUGAUCUUGAAUAUUGGGACGGAAUGGUAUUCAAAUGUGAACCAUGUAGCAGAUGUUGCAACUACACUGGAAUUGCCAAAGAUUGUCUGGAUGCGUGCGUGGCGCCAUCUAUGACAUGUGAAGUAGAAGAUCGCUGUAAAGUGUAUUGUGACCCACCAACCAUGCCUGAAUUUGGUACUUAUGUUCCAAUGGAUUAUAAAUACGGUGAGGGAGACAUCGUAACGUUUCAGUGUAAUGCUGGAUACUCAUUGUCAGAGAACAUUUCAGUACUAUGUUCAGCUAAUGGGGCAUGGUCUCCUUCACCUCCGUCAUGUGUAAAAGAUCCUUUUCGAAGUUGGAUAGUUGGCAUAAUUGUUGCAAGCCUCGUGAUAGUACUUGUAGGAAUAGUAGGAACGGUUUUGUGGUAUCGACAUUUUCAAUGCUACAAUAAUAUAAUACGCUGUAAGAAAAGGCGACACGAUCCACCUCAGUACCAACAGCUUCCACCGGAUGUAUCAACCGGUGAACAAGAGUACGAUAAUGUUGAAAUGAAUCCAAAUAACAAUGCUAUAGCCAAUAACCAACAGGACAGCAGAGAUACUAGAAAUGAAACAACAGUCACACAAGAACAAAAAGAUACAUGUAUUGAUAUUGUGACACCGAAUGAUAGCGGCAUUACUCAACCAGAAAGCAGCGAGUCUAGGAAUGAUUCAACAGGCACACAAGACAACGGAGAAAAAACGACUCCAGAAAAAAACAAUGAUGGAGCCAUCACUAAACGAGACAACAACGAUACUGAAAAACAAUCUGUAAAUGAAAGGGCGAGUAGGAAAGAAGAAGAGGGGAAAGAUAGUGAAAAACACGCUCCUGUGCAUUGGGAAUUGAUAUUUCAUGAUAUUAUCCUGGAUGAAGCAAACUUCAAGAAACUUGGAACAUACUUUGAAUUUGAGGAUGGAGAACUAAGCAAUAUACAAA